AUGGAGUCCUCGAUGCAAAAUUCGAAUCCGACUAUUUUGAAUGCUGCAGAUCUUCCCACCCGUCUGCGUCCUUCAUCAUGCAAAGCGGGCACUUACGGAGGCGGAAUCCUUGCGUCAGCGCUCCCCUCUCUAGCGGAUCCCACCAACUUCAGUCUUAGUGAAUCGGAAGAGUCUGAUGAAGAUGUUGAUUUGAUGGAAGAGCCGAUUGAUGAACAGGAGAUCUACGAUCUUGUGUCGACCAUAUCCGACCCCGAGCAUCCCAUUUCACUUGGAGCUUUGGCAGUCGUUUCACUGCCUGACAUUUCUAUCAAACCUACCUUGCCGGAUGUACCGAGCUCGCUUCUUCGGACAGUAUCCGUUCUCAUAACCCCGACGAUAACACAUUGCAGUCUGGCCACAGUGAUAGGUCUUGGUGUACGAGUUCGAUUGGAGCAAUCAUUACCUCCGCGUUUUCGUGUGGAUGUCCGGAUCAAAGAAGGGACACAUAGUACUGCCGAUGAAGUGAAUAAGCAAUUGGCCGACAAAGAAAGGGUGGCUGCUGCACUGGAAAAUGGUACGCUAAUGGGCGUCAUCGCAAAGAUGCUCGAAACAUGCCAAUAA